AUGCCCAAUCAGGAUACCCGCAAUGACGUAUCGAACAAUGUGCAAGUUGCAGGGCAUAUCCGUCAGCCUAUUCUCCCACGGGAACCAAGUACGCUCGAAACACUGACGAACGCGUUAUCCUCUCUCUCUACCCGUGUCCUACCUGCCUCUGCCUCGAAUGUAGCCGGUAUAUCUGCAGAAAGGCGGCUGUCCCUCCACGCACCGGAACUAGGUGGGGUUGCCUUCCCCACUUCUCCGAUGGCCCCGUUUUCGACGUUGGAAGAGCAGUUUGCACCCCAAGCACAGCGGGAGUACUUUACGCGGGCAAGGGAGCGAGAACGUGAAUCUAUCGGAUCUGUGAACGAUCUUACACUCGGGGCAUUCGGGGAGAGGGAGGAGAUCGUGUGGUCCGGCUUCGAUAACCUGCAGCUCGAACCCAGAGCUCCCCCGAAGCGGGUGCUGAUGAUUGUCUACGUGUCCGGAUUCCAGAUGUGGGAUACGACAGAUCCCGACAACGCACUGGAAAUCUUGAACUUGCGAGAGAAGGCCUUCCUUGGUCUCGAUAGUGCGAUGAUGUUGCCUACGCCGCUGCCGUCGCAAGAGACGCCGGACGAGAUGUACAAUCUCCGACCCCUCCUUGCUCUCGUCCGAGGCGGACAGCCCAGCAUCGCAGGAUCAGCCAAGCUGGAGGUCGUCCUAUACUCCUUGAGAACAAACGAAAUCGUGAAGACCAUUCCUUUCAGCCGUAGAGGCAGUCCGGGACGAGCUGUCAUCGCUGCUAGUGACAGAUAUCUCGUAGUGGGGACCUCUCAACCUCCAGCUCUGCAUGUAUUUUCGGCAUCGUCUCUUUCUCCUGUAUUGACUCCUAUCACGGACAUUGCCCCUCAUCCGAUCACACAGCUUCCAGUCUUUACGCUGGGGACACGCCUACUGGCAUACGCUACGACUCGCAUUCUCGACUCCGGGCAAACCGGCAUCAUCACUCGAGAGAGCCAGGGCAAUGAGGUCAUCAUCGCGCCUUCCGCUACAUCGACCGUUCUAGAGAUCGGCAAGGCUGCCCAGAAAGUAGGAGGCGGUGUGUUCAGUGGUGUCAAGACCUUGGGCGGGAUGGGUUACGCGUACUUCAGUGGCCGAGGACAAGAGACGUCCAGAGCUGACGAAUCGCCGUACAAACCAUACUCAAGGUCAGCUCCUCAGCCCUCUACGUUCCUAGGCAAUGUGGCGUCUUUGUCAGCAUUAUCAGGAUUCCAUCCCCCUUUGGAAGAGCUUCGCCCAAGCGGUAAGACCGCCGAAACUGGCUUUGUAUCUGUUGUCGACCUUGAUGGCCAUGCUUCUGGAAAGUUUCGACAGCUCGCUCACUUCCGCCCUUCCGCCAAGCCCACCACUAUACUCCAAUGGAAUCCCACAUCCAGCCUGCUAUUCGUUACCAGCACGGAUGGGCGGGCGUUCAAUAUCUAUGAGAUGCGUAACAAGUCUCGCUUGGCAUCCGAUAUUCCUUUGCCAGCUGGAAUACAGGAGGAUCUGCCCCACGUCUGGCAUCGAUACGAGUUGAAGCGAGGCUCUACACCUGCUACUGUUGUCCGCGCUAUUUGGAGUCCAGACGGACGUUGGCUCGCCGUUGGUACCCAGCGUCGCACUGUGCAUCUAUAUGCUCUCAGUCCUUAUUUCGGCCCGCCAAGUACUGAUACCCAUGGGAAUGCAAAGAUCCGCAAUCCCACUUCAUUUCAACAAUUGUCCUGCAUCGUGCAUCCGAUCGUUAGAUUCCAUUUUUCUCGUGCAACGGACUUGAAUAUCACUUCUGGAACCGAUAAUCAACCAUCAACCACUACCUCGGGUCUCAUUGCCAUGCCGUCGAACGGAAGUCGCACGUCUUCAGGCCCCCAACUGGCUCUUUCAUUCUUGCCAAGACACUCCAGUUUGUCUUCUCGGCUUAUACCCCACCCCCAGCUGUCAGCUGUUGCAUCGCCAUACGGUGUUCCUUCACCGAACACACGCUCCCCACAACUUCAGCCUGUUCGCUCACCGCCGAUGCUGCGGCGUCCAUCUUCGUCAUCUUCAUUCAGCGGAAACUUGCAAGACCUCAUUCUGGCCUACUUCCAGGAUGUGCUCGUCUUCAACCCUGCUGAUGGGAUGAUGUCUCUACAGCGAUGCUUACUCUCUCAGUCUUCCCAAAGCGCCCCUGUUGUCGAGCUCGGAACUCCUUCGAGCGGCGGAACGCCUCUUAAUGAUCGCACUCCGUCGAGCUCCUUUUCUUCACAACGUAUUCCCAAUCUGGGUGCCCUGCUUUCUGGUUCAGCCUCCGGUCGAGGCAUGGAGAAUUUGAUAGCAACAGCAAAUGCGGUUGCCAGCUGGAACUUGGAGCGCGAUAUGACUUGGCCCGAAGUCAGGCAGCCUCUUCAGAAGUCUGCUGCGAGAUAUGCCAUAGGCCAGCUCGGCAGAAAUGCUUUAAGAAAUGGUUGGCUCGCUAAUGCCGAGAUAGAAACAUGCUCCCAGUCUACUCGAAUCUUACCUCGAUCUAUUUAUCAGGCUCAUCAAUUCGAUUUCUUCGCCCUGCCCGAAGAUUACAAGAGCAAGGUCCGCAAUUACGAACUUGACAUGUUGGCGUUGAGGAUCGAAGUCAGGCAGGCGAUCGAAAUCCGCCCUUUGCAGCGACGACCAAGUCUCUCUUCCAUCUCCGGGCAAGAUGAGACUGCUAUCGCAAGCUCCUUUGAUGAGCCAAUCGCAUCCGCGAUGCGUACUGUUUUGGAUGCGCAAGCCACUACUCUUAUUAUUCCGGCUUAUCCCAAUGCUGUCUCACCUAGGACUGUAAAUACCUGGCUGGAUCCGGGACCAGUACGCUCUGUUGCAAACAGCCUGCAAGAGGGUCUGCAUGAAGGUUUCGGACUUUUGAAGAAGGAGAUCACGCGGGUCCGGGCACAUAAGCGCCGAUCUAUUUCCGACCAGUUCGACAAUUCCCUUCGUUUUGACGAGAACGACACCAUAUUUGAAACCGUGCAUCAUGAGGAAGAGGAGACGGCUCGCGAAGAAGAAGAAUGGGAAAGAGAUGAGGAGGCUGAUUAUAGACGUGCUCGGGAUAAUGAUCGCUUCGACGAUCUAAUCGUGGGCGUUAUGGACGAGGAGGAAGAGGAACGGAAGGCGAUGGCAGCUCGCGUACAACAGCAGCCUAGCAAGCCCAAGCCUACACGGCGCAAUGGACGGCAUCGCAAGGGUACUAAGUAACCACCAAGCAAUAUCUGAACUCGACUUUCACAUUUAACUAUCACAUUUCAUCAGUGUAUUAUUACCAAGGCGUCGCUUUGGACGAUGACAUUCACGUAUGUACGUAUUAAGGAAGAAU